ACAUUUCCCACUUUCCUAUUUAUAGCACCCCUUUCAUAGCUUUGUUUUUCCCACUCGCACUCUUCUUUAUUCUCCUUGUUUCGUAUCUCUCACUUCUAUCUUCCUGCGAUCACCACAAAAGAUAUAUGCAUCGUAACUGGAGACGAAAAGAUGAACAAAGAGAUGGCUCCAAGAAGAUUAACCAUGAUGACGAUGACCAUAAUUAUGAUGAUGGUGACGAUAGAUAAGACAUGCAUAUGUGCUGAGGAAAUUUCCAGAGGCAGUUUCCCAAAAGGAUUUGUCUUCGGAACUGCUUCGUCUGCUUUUCAGCACGAGGGAGCAGUAAAGGAAGAUGGAAGAGGUCCUACUAUAUGGGACACCUUCUCCCACACUUUUGGUAAAAUCGCAGAUUUUAGCAACGCCGAUGUUGCUGUUGAUCAGUACCACCGGUACGAGGAAGAUGUACAACUCAUGAAGAAUAUGGGAAUGGACGCUUACAGGUUUUCCAUUUCGUGGGCUCGCAUUUUUCCAAAUGGUGUGGGACAAAUAAACGAGGCCGGAAUCGAUCACUACAACAAACUCAUAAAUGCUUUACUUGCUAAAGGGAUCGAGCCGUAUGUGACGUUGUACCAUUGGGACCUUCCUCAGGCACUCCAUGAUCAAUACCUCGGUUGGCUAAACCCACAAAUCAUAAAUGAUUUUGCAGCUUAUGCAGAGGUUUGUUUCCAGAGAUUUGGAGAUAGAGUGAAGCAUUGGAUCACGUUCAACGAGCCACACACAUUCUCUAUACAAGGUUAUGACGUUGGUCUACAAGCUCCCGGCCGUUGCUCUAUUCUUUUUCACCUCACUUGUCGCUCCGGAAACUCAUCUACCGAGCCUUACAUCGUUGGUCACAAUGUUAUUCUAACUCACGCCACAGUAUCAGAUAUCUACAGGAAAAAGUACAAGGCAAAGCAAGGAGGUUCAUUAGGGAUAGCGUUUGAUGUAAUGUGGUAUGAACCGGAGUCAAACAAGAGAGAGGACAUUGAAGCUGCACAAAGAGCUCAAGACUUUCAACUUGGCUGGUUUUUGGAUCCGUUGAUGUUUGGGGAUUACCCGAGUUCGAUGAGAAGCAGAGUCGGAAGCAGAUUGCCAGUGUUCACGGGAUCUCAAUCUGCUCUAAUAAAGGGUUCCCUAGAUUUUGUAGGGAUUAAUCAUUACACAACGUACUACGCAAGAAACAAUGCCACUAAUCUCAUUGGCACUCUCCUACAUGAUGCUAUUUCUGAUUCUGGAACCGUCACUCUACCUUUUAAGGGUUUAAGCGCAAUUGGAGAUAGGGCCAGUUCGAUAUGGUUGUACAUAGUGCCUAGAGGCAUGAGAAGCUUGAUGAAUUACGUCAAGGAUAAAUAUGGAAACCCUCCAGUCUUUAUCACUGAAAAUGGAAUGGACGAUUCAAACAGCAUUCUGAUCCCAAGGAAAGAAACUCUUAAAGAUGCAAAGAGAAUCAGAUACCAUCACGAUUAUCUUUCAAGCUUACAAGCUGCUAUUAAAGAGGAUGGUUGCAAUGUGAAAGGGUACUUCGUGUGGUCGCUAUUGGAUAAUUGGGAAUGGGCUGCAGGUUAUAGUUCAAGAUUUGGUCUCUACUUCGUUGAUUACAGAGACAAGCUUAAGAGAUACCCUAAGGACUCUGUUAAUUGGUUCACUUCUUUCUUGAACUCCACUUCUUGACUUCCUAAUUGGUUUCGCUCAAUCUAUUCAAAACUUAAUGUUAAGCUAUGGAUUUGGAUUUAGAAAGAUAUACUAUAAGCACAACAAAAUCAGUGAAAGUUAGUUGUCAUUGACAGAGUUUCAGUUUGA